UGAGAAAGAAUUCCCCCAAAGCUAAAUUGUUCUGACAGGUGCCUGGCCAGGAGAAGGAGCAGACAAUUGCUGGACAUGCUACAAUACUUACAACUGUUUCUGCUUGGAUGGCUGGUGCAAGUUUCCAGCUCCCAGACUGAAAGCCCAGGACAGGCAAAAAGAUGUGAUAAGGAAUCUGUUCUAACAAUUAGGACACAGUGCAAAUCCUGCUGGCUCAAUCUUGGAAUCAAGUGCCCAGAUGGUUACACUAAGAUAACCAACAACUCUGUUGGUGUUCGUGAUUGCAGGUAUAACUAUGACGUCAAAUCCUACUUUUGGCCUCUGCCUGGGUGCCGCCAUAUUUGUAGGAAGAACUACCUCCAACCACAAUGUUGUCCAGGACACUGGGGGCCGGACUGCCAGGAGUGCCCAGGAGGUGCAGGGUCACCCUGCAGUGGCAGGGGCAGCUGUGAUGAAGGCAUGGAAGGAAGUGGAAGUUGCUCCUGUCAAGAGGGGUUUGGUGGGACAGCCUGUGAAAUGUGUGCUGAUGACAACUUAUUUGGACCCAACUGUUCAUCAGUGUGUAGCUGUGUGCACGGCGUGUGUAGCAAUGGGCCUGGAGGUGAUGGGACCUGCGCGUGCUACUCUGCUUACACGGGCCCCAGCUGUGACACACGUAAGUCCUGUGCGCUUCCUCAGCAGACAACGCAGUCUCACUGUGAGUGUAAGGAACAUUACCACAAUUUUGUACCUGGAGUGGGGUGCAGUAUGAUCAACAUCUGUGAAUCAAAAAACCCAUGUCACAGGAAUGCAAAUUGUACCACCAUCAUACCAGGCCAAACAAAAUGCACUUGCCGGGAAGGUUAUGUGGGUGACGGCUUGUUGUGUUACGGAAAUAUCAUGGAACGGCUCAGAGAAUUAAACACUGAGCCCAGAGGAAAAUGCCAAGGACGUCUGACCUCUGUCAUCUCUCUCCUCGAUGAAGUGUAUGCCUGGCCUCUAAGUAGCCUGGGACCAUUCACAGUGCUGCUACCAUCAGACAGCGCCUUCAAAGCAUCUGAUGUAAGAGCACUCUUGAUGGAUAAAGAGGCUGCUAAGUACUUCGUGAAACUCCACAUCAUUGCUGGGCAGAUGAGCACAGAGCAGAUGAACCGCACAGACACCUUCUACACCUUAACUGGGAAGUCUGGGGAGAUCUUCAGUGCAGACAGGGAUGGCCAACUUAGGCUUAAGCUCUAUGGGGGCAAAAAGAAGGUACAAAUUGUACAGGGGAACAUCGUUGCUGCCAACGGGCUCAUACACAUCCUUGACCAAGCCAUGGACAGCAUACAGCCCACGUUUGUGAGCAACACCAAGCAAACCAUCAUGAUGAUGUUACAACCAAAAUACAGCAAGUUCGUGUCUUUGUUGGAGGAAGCCAAUAUGGGGCAUUCCUUGGAUGAGGAUGGACCAUACACCGUUUUUGUUCCAAGCAAUGAAGCACUAGAGAGCAUGAAGGAUGGUACUCUUGACUACCUCCUUUCUCCACAGGGUUCUCGGAAACUUCUGGAACUCGUCAGAUACCACAUUAUUCCAUUUACCCAGCUGGAAGUGGCCAACGUUGUGUCCACUCCCCACAUCAGGAGCAUGGCCAAUCAGAACAUCCAGUUUAACACAACCAGCAACGGACAGAUUCUGGCAAAUGAGGUGGCAAUGGAUGAAACUGAAAUCACUGCCAAAAAUGGCCGGAUCUACACACUGACUGGAGUUCUCAUUCCUCCCUCCAUCAUUCCAAUUCUGCCCCAUCUAUGCAAUGAAACAAGGAGAGAAACUAAAUUGGGCACCUGUGUGAACUGUUACCUGAUACAUCGGAGCAAAUGUCCGGCUGACUCCCAGAUCUCAAGAUUCUACAUACACAAAUGUGUCUACAGGAGCACACUGGGUGGCCUGAAGAGCGGCUGUGCCCUCCGCUGCAGCGCCAUUGUUCAGGUACCAAAAUGCUGCAAAGGCUUCUAUGGGCCAGACUGUAACCCAUGUCUAGGAGGCUUCUUAAAUCCAUGCUCUGGAAACGGACAGUGUGCAGAUGGCCUCCAGGGCAAUGGUACCUGCAUUUGUAAGGAUGGCUUCCAAGGCUCUCAGUGUCAGUUCUGCUCUGACCCCAACAAAUACGGACCUCAAUGUAACCAAACCUGUCCAUGUGUGCACGGAGUCUGCGAUAACAGGAUAGACAGUAACGGCACCUGCCUCCCUGGCACCUGCAGAGAAGGCACGGCUGGGACAUUCUGUGACAGGCAGACUUCAACCUGCGGGCCUUACGUGCAGCUCUGUCACAUCCACGCCACCUGCAUCUACAGCAAUGGGACAGCCAGCUGCGUUUGCAAGGAAGGCUAUGAAGGGGAUGGGGCCUUCUGUUCCUUCUCAGACCCGUGCAAGGGACCAACUCGGGGAGGCUGUAGUCACAAUGCAGAAUGCAUCAAAACCAAGGCAGGGACACACACCUGCGUGUGCCAGCAGGGCUGGACAGGGAACGGAAGAGAUUGUGUGGAGAUCAACAACUGCCUGCUUCCAGGAGCAGGUGGCUGUCAUGCCAAUGCCACCUGCUUGCACGUGGGCCCUGGGCAGAAUGAGUGUGAGUGUAAGAAAGGAUUUCGAGGAAAUGGGAUCGACUGUGAACCAAUCAUUUCAUGCUUGGAACAGACGGAGAAAUGCCAUCCAUUGGCUACCUGUCGGUUUGUUUCUUCUGGUGUCUGGAGCUGUGUUUGUCAGGAGGGCUAUGAAGGAGAUGGUUUUUUGUGCUAUGGAAAUGCAGCCAUGGAAUUAUCGUUUCUCUCUGAUGCAGUUAUAUUUAACCAAUGGAUAAAUAAUGCUUCUUUCCAAUCCAUGCUGUCUACCACCUUGAACCUCACUAUCCUCGUGCCUUCAAAGCAAGCUAUUGAGGACAUGGACCCAAAGGAGAAGACCUUUUGGUUAUCAAAGAACAAUAUAGAAGCCCUAAUAAAACACCACAUGCUGGUGGGCACAUACAGAGUAGCAGAUCUGCAAACCCUAUCACCUUCUGACACAGUGGCAACAUCUUUGCAGGGCAGCUUCCUUCGUCUGGACCAGGCAGAUGGGAACAUCACAAUUGGCGGUGCAUCCAUCCUUGAUGGUGACAACGUAGCCACCAAUGGAGUGAUCCAUGUCAUCAACAAGGUGCUGGUCCCCCUCAGAGGACUAUCUGGCUACUUACCCAACCUGCUCACCCGGCUGGACCAGAUGCCUGACUAUUCCAUCUUCCGGGGCUACAUGAUUCAAUACAACCUGGUGAAUCAGGUUGAAGCGGCAGAUGCCUACACUGUGUUUGCUCCCAAUAACAAUGCCAUUGAGCGUUAUGUCAAGGAGAAGAAGGUCUCAACUCUAGAAGAGGACAUCAUCCGGUACCAUGUGGUCCUGGAGGAGAAGCUCCUGAAGAACGACCUGCACAAUGGCAUGCACCGGGAGACCAUGCUGGGUUUCUCCUACCUCCUGGGCUUCUUUCUCCAUGAUGACCAGCUCUAUGUAAAUGAGGCUCCAAUAAACUACACCAAUGUAGCCACUAACAAGGGCGUGAUCCAUGGCUUGGGGAAAGUUCUGGAAAUUCAGAAGAAUAGAUGUGAUAUUAAUGACACCACUAUUGUACGAGGAAAGUGUGGAGUGUGUCUCCAGCACCAGCCACCAAUCUGCCCACUUGGCUCUAAGCCACUAGUAACAAGAGCAUGCUGUGCCGGCUUCUUUGGUCCCCAGUGUCAGGCCUGCCCUGGGAAAGGCCAGAAUGUGUGCUUUGGGAAUGGGAUCUGUCUGGAUGGAGUUAAUGGGACCGGCAAAUGCGAAUGUGGCCCAGGCUUCAGUGGGACAGCCUGUGAGACCUGUGCCCAGGGCAAAUACGGCAUCCACUGUGACCAAGUGUGUCCUUGUGUCCAUGGGAGAUGCAACCAAGGACCCUCGGGAGACGGCUCCUGUGAUUGUGACAUCGGCUGCUGCCUUCUCAAUCUGGACGGCACAGCCUCGUGCAAAUGUGCAGCAGGAUUCCAGGGCAACGGCACCAUCUGCACAGCAAUCAAUGCCUGUGAGACCAGCAAUGGAGGGUGUUCUGCCCAAGCUCUCUGCAAAAGGACCAUGCCAGGAAGCCGAGAAUGUGUGUGCAAGGCAGGCUACACAGGUGACGGCAUCGUGUGCAUUGAAAUCAACCCAUGCUUAGAGAACCAUGGUGGCUGUGACAAGAAUGCAGAGUGCACGCAAACGGGACCCAACCAGGCUGUCUGUAACUGCUUGCCAAAGUACACGGGAGACGGGAAGAUCUGCACACACAUUAAUGUCUGCUUAUUCAACAAUGGUGGCUGCAGCCCAUUUGCUGUGUGUAACCACACUGGGGGAGAUGAGAGGACGUGUACCUGCAAGAUGAACUACACCGGGGAUGGAAUCACCUGCAGAGGCAGCAUCUACAAGGAACUUCCCAAGGACUGGAAAACAUCCCAGUAUUUCUUCCAGUUGCAGGUGCAUGCUGUCCGAGAACUGGCUGGGCCGGGUCCCUUCACAGUUUUUGCACCUUCAUCUUAUUCCUUCAGUGAGGAGCCCCGGCUCGCGGACUGGAACCAACAGGGAGUGAUACCCCAGAUUCUUCGGUAUCACAUGGUUGCCUGCCAACAGCUACUCCUGGAAAAUCUGAAAUCCAUCUCGCAUGUUACUUCUCUUCAAGGAGAGCUGCUUAGCAUCUCUGUCUCUCAGGACACAGUGUACAUAAACAAUAAGGCUAAGGUCAUAGCCAGCAAUAUCAUCAGUAACAAUGGGGUCAUCCAUGUCAUAGACAAAUUGCUGUCUCCUCAAAAUUUGGUCAUCACCCCCAGAGACACCUCAGGGAGGAUUCUGCAAAAUCUCACCACAACGGCAAUCAACCAUGGCUACCACAGAUUUGCUAAAUUAAUACAGGACUCAGGCUUGCUGAGUACCAUCACCGAACCCAUCCACAUCCCAGUCACAUUGUUCUGGCCCACAGACCAGGCCCUCCAAGCUCUACCCGCUAAGCAACAGGAGUUCCUAUUCAACCCACUCAACAAGGACAAGCUGGAGGAGUAUUUGAAGUUCCACGUGAUCCGAGAUGCCAAGGCUUUAGCUAUCGAUCUCCUGAGAUCGGAUUCCUGGAAGACCUUGCAGGGCUCCGAGCUAAGAGUGACAUGUGGAACUGGCAAUGACACUGGUGAGCUCUUUCUAAAUGAUCAAAUGUGUAGGAUUGUGCAACGGGGGCUCCAGUUUGACGUGGGCGUGGCCUAUGGCAUUGACUGCCUGCUGCUGGAUCCCACCUUGGGGGGCCGCUGUGAUACCUUGGCUGCCUUCGACGUGCUGGGUGAGUGUGGGAGCUGUAGUAAUACACCCCGAUGCCCCACCUGGAGCAAAUCCAAGGGUAAGAAGCAGAAGUGUCUGUACCACCUGCUGCAGCCCUACAGGAGGAACCUGGAGGGCUGCCAGAAUCUGUGCGCCCUGGUGGUGCAGAUCCCCACGUGCUGCAAGGGCUACUACCUGCCAGACUGUCAGGCCUGCCCCGGAGGACCAGAUUUACCAUGCAACAACCAGGGCGUAUGCAUCAAUCUGCUCUCAGCCUCAAGACAGUGUCAAUGCAACGAGGGCUUCAACGGGACAGCAUGUAACCUGUGCUUGCCGGGGAGAUUCGGGCCUCACUGUCAGGCCUGUGGCUGCUCAGCCCAUGGGCAGUGCGACGAAGGGAUCUUGGGCUCGGGGGCGUGCUUCUGCGAAACCGGAUGGACAGGCCACUUCUGCGACGUUCCCAUAGUUUCAGCUCCAGUGUGCACGCCUCCUUGUUCUGCUCAGGCCACCUGUAUGGAGAACAACACGUGUGAGUGUAACCUGAACUAUGAAGGUGACGGACUCACGUGCACAGCGGUGGACUUUUGCAAACAGAACAACGGGGGCUGUGCAAAGGUCGCCAAGUGCUCCCAGAAGAACACCACGGUCUCCUGCAGCUGCCCCACGGGCUUCCGGGGAGAUGGCUACACCUGCCUAGAGAUCGAUUCCUGUGCCGACGGCCUCAAUGGGGGAUGUCACGAGCAUGCCAUCUGCACUAUGAUCGGCCGGGGCAGGCACAAGUGUCGAUGUAAGGACCACUACGUGGGAGACGGGCUGAACUGUGAGCCAGAGCAAUUGCCCCUGGACCGCUGCUUACAGGACAAUGGGCAGUGCCACGCAGAUGCCCACUGUGCCGACCUCCACUUCCAGGACACCACUGUUGGGGUGUUCCAUCUCCGGUCCCCACUGGGCCAAUACAAGUUGACCUUUGACAAGGCUAAAGAGGCCUGUGCCAAUGAAGCCGCAGCCCUGGCCACCUACGCCCAGCUCUCCUAUGCCCAGAAGGCCAGCUAUCACCUCUGUUCAGCUGGUUGGCUAGACGGUGGGUGGGUGGCCUAUCCCACGGCCUAUGCCUCUAUGAAAUGCGGCUCUGGUUUUGUUGGGAUAGUGGAUUACGGUCCCAGGGUCAACAAGAGUGAAAUGUGGGAUGUCUUCUGCUAUCGGAUGAAAGAUGUCAACUGCACCUGCAAGGAAGGCUAUGUGGGAGAUGGCUUCUCCUGCAGUGGGAACCUACUGCAGGUCCUGAUGACCUUCCCCUCGCUCACGAACUUCCUGACGAAAGUGCUGGCUUAUUCCAACAGCUCAGCCAAAGGCCAGGCAUUUCUGAAACACCUGACAGACCUAUCCAUCCACGGGACCCUCUUUGUGCCACAAAACAGCGGGCUGCAGGAAAAUGAGACGCUGUCUGGGCGGGACAUUGAGCAUCACCUGGCCAAUGUCAACAUCACGUUCUACAAUGACCUUGUCAAUGGUACCAUCCUGCAGACAAGGCUGGGAAGCCAGCUACUCAUCACUACCAGCCAGGACCAGCUCCAACAGGAGACCCGGUUUGUGGAUGGAAGAACCAUUUUGCAGUGGGAUAUCUUUGCCUCCAAUGGGAUCAUCCAUGUCAUUUCCAAGCCUCUAAAAGCACCUCCUGCCCCAGCAACUCACUCUGGCUUGGGAACCGGGAUUUCCUUCACCAUCAUCCUGGUCAUCGCAGCAAUUGCUCUGGCUGCCUAUUCUUACUUCCGGCUAAACUGGAGAACAAUUGGCUUCCAGCAUUUUGAGUCAGAAGAGGACAUCGAUGUUGCAGCUUUUGGCAGGCAGCAGUCUGAGAAUAUCUCGAACCCCACGUAUGAGAGCGCAACCUCGGAACCCUCAGAACCUUCCUACGAUCCCUUCAUGGAUGCUGACGAACAGCAGGUGGAGAGCAGCGACCCCUUAGGGGCACUGUGAGAGCCAGAGGGAAGCAGCCAGCCAUGGCAGCCAUCUGGGCCACCAGAGCAUGGUCCAGGCUCCACAGUGAAUCCUCAGCACCAGAUGCUUCUGACGAAUGUACGGUCUUGGGGCAUCUUUAACAAAGAAGCUCUCAGAAGCUGUACCUCGUUUCUUUGGUUUGGGAGUUAUUCUGUGAGUGAGCGGGGGAUGCUGUUACAAAGUCUACCAGGGGGACUUUUCCCUCCUCUGAGCCUCUACUGUGUAUCUUUGUACCUUCAGCUGAUUCUACAUUCUUCCCUACAUGAUGAGCAACUGAGAUCCUGUCUUACUUCCUACUAGAUUGUAAGCUCCUGAGGACGAGGGACUGGCCUCCCUCAGCCUCAUAUCCCAGCACCAUGCCUGGCACGUGCAAUGUGCUCAAUAAAAAAAUCAACAAGACAAAGUGAGCAUUUCAGGGAACAAAAACACCAUCCCAGGAAAGGAGCAAAUAUUGAAAACAAAAUCCAUUUAUUUGAGCUAAUUUUCAAUUAGCCAUCAUAUCUUGCUUGAUGAAUUCUUCUUGCUUCAUUCAGUUUUGUUUUCUUGCUUGUGUGUUUAAAAAGACAGAGCCAGUCAGGUGCCA